UUCGCUAUUUGUUGAUGUUUGCUUUCCCUUGUAUGGAGGGGAGAGCGCGUCCCGUUAGAUAGCCUUUACUGGCUUUUUAGCCACUGAGGGAGAAACGAUGGCUGAAGAAAUCACCGAGGGUGCUGCAGCAGAAGAAGAGCAGGGGUCUCGUCCUCAGGUAGAGACACCACCACAGCAACUGACCGGCUCUUUGUUGGCGGUAGCCUUCCUUUCAUCCUUCGGGAGCUCCAUGCUUUAUGGCUACAAUCUGGCUGUGGUCAACUCUCCCUCUGCUUACAUCAAGGAAUUCUACAACCAGACAGUGCUGAAGCGAAAUGGAACAGGACUCACUGAUGAGACCCUCACCGUCAUGUACUCUCUCACUGUUUCCGUCUUUGCCAUUGGAGGCAUGCUGGGCUCCCUCAUCGUGGGAAUGCUUGUCUCUCGAUUUGGCAGGAAAGGAACAGUGGUGAACACGACGGUGCUGGUGUUUAUUGGUGGCUCUCUCAUGGGCUUCAGCAGGAUUUGUGGCUCACCUGAGAUGGUCAUCAUCGGCCGCUUCAUCACAGGGAUCCACUCAGGCAUCUCUCUAAGUGUAGUGCCAAUGUACCUGGGCGAGAUAGCACCUAAGAACCUACGAGGCUUCCUGGGUCUGGUGCCAAGUAUAUUUAUAGGCACUGGAGUCUUUCUUGCUCAAAUCCUUGGCCUACAUGAGCUUCUAGGAAAGGAGGAGCACUGGCCUUUCUUUCUUUCAGUGAUUGUGAUACCCACCUUCAUCCAGCUGAUGGUGUUGCCAUGGUUCCCAGAGAGCCCCAGGUAUCUGCUGAUUGAGAAGCACAACGUCCAUGCCACCAUCACAGCCCUGAAGUACUACAGAGCCAAGUGUAACAUCCAGGCUGAGAUUGAGGAGAUGCAGGAAGAGCAGCGCUCGCUGUCGUCAGUAGAGACGCUGUCAGUGUGGAACCUGUUGCUGGAUGAUCGAGUCCGGAGGCAGGUGCUCUGUGUGGUCGUCAUCAACAUAGGCAUGCAGCUGUCUGGCAUUGAUGCUAUCUGGUUCUACACAAACGACAUCUUUGAGGAUGCAGGUAUCCCAGAAGCAGAGAUCCAGUACACGACUGCAGGAACGGGAAUCAUAGAGAUCAUCGCUGGACUGAUUGGGUGUUUCACCAUAGAGAGACUGGGCAGGAGGCCUCUCAUGAUCUUUGGUUUUACCAUGAUGGGCAUCUGCAGCGCUGGAAUCACAUUAACCCUGAUUUUACAGGGUCACUUACCUUUUAUGCACUACGUCAGUGUCUUCUGUGUGGUCGGUAUCAUUGCUGGCUUCUGUAUUGGUCCAGCUGGAGUUCCCUUCUUGAUCACAGCAGAGCUGUUCAAACAGUCCCACCGCCCAGCAGCGUACAUUGUUGGAGGAUCGCUGAACUGGCUGUCCAACUUCACUGUGGGCUUCGUCUUCCCUUUCUUACAGAUGUCAGUGGGGUCGUACUGCUACUUAGUGUUUUCAGGCAUCUGCUUCUUUGUGGCCAUCUACGUCUAUUUUUGCAUCCCAGAGACAAAAAACAAGACCUUCAUGGAAAUUAGCCGUAUGUUCUCCAAGAAGGAGGCGGUUAUGGAGUCCCAGGGCCUAAUGCACGUGGACCAGCUGAAGCUGAAGAAGAUGAACGGCUACGGCGGCGUGGAGUUUGACAGCUCUUCUUCUGUGCCUUAACUGGCCUUCAUGUCCUCACUGAGACUUCAGAAGCAUUUGUUACUUCCUCUUGUCCAUUCUGCUGUUUCAACAUGUACACAUAAACCUAAAGUCACCUCACCAGGGGCCGUAUGCAUAAAGCCCAGGGCCAAAUUCACGCGGGGAUUGUGCAGCCAGAAGUUGUCCUUGUUUAUGCAAAUGAGCCCCAAAGCCAUAAGUGUUAAAUUUCACAAGCAUCAGUGCAAACAGCCACAGGCCCUUUUAUUAAAACUGUUCUCCUC